CUGGACAUCUUCAUUGAACUUUCAUCACAAUCCACACAUCAUGCAUCAUGGCUGCCAGUGUCCAUCCCUCAACUGACACGGUUCGACCGGCCAUCGACGAGCACAAUCCAGACAUCUUCACAAUCAUCUGCUGCAACGACAGCUUCCAGCUCGCCCUUGAUUUGAACACAAUCAAGACCCUUCUCCGAGUGUGCAAACGAGCCCAAUACCUCCUGAGCUCCAAGCUGGCUCGCUUCCACCGCUGGUGUCAGAGCAUGGAGCUCCUCAAUCCAGACGGACAGUUGCGGAUUGGCCUCACACCGAGCGACGAGAUCGCCCUCUCGCUGCACUGCGAGGAUCCAGUCAAAACUGGCCGAUCCUGGCUUGAAGAUCAAGCCGACCAGGGAAAUGCUACCGCCUCGUAUCUCCUGGCAAGAAUCAUUCAAGUUGAACUCGAUCGAGUGCCCGAUCGGGAGUGGUGGGCGACAUGCCAACGCAUAUUCUUCCUGCUCGAGCAAGCCGCUCACGCCGAUCAUCUAAUGGCGGAGUGUCAUCUGGCUGAGUGCUACUACUAUGGCCAAGGAGUUAAGCGAGACCAUACCAAAGCUGUCGGAAUGUAUCGCCAUCUUGCGGACCAGGGCCAUCCACAGGCUCAGAUCGGGCUCGGUCUCUGCUACGAAGAUGGCAAGGGUGUCCAGCAGGACUUCAAUGUAGCCUUCGAGUGGUAUUCCAAGGCUGCAAACCAAGGCAGUGACGAUGGUCGACUCCACAUGGUGUUCCUCCGUGGCUGGUUCUCGUUCAUCGGUCAUGGUGUCGAACAGAGCGAUGUCGACGCCUUCAACCACUGGCAGCAAGUCAGCACCCACUCUACCAACCCAGUCAUCAAGCCCAUCGCCACCCACAUGCUUGGCUGGAUGCACUACCUUGGUCGGGGUACCGUGCGAGACGAACAGAAGGGUGUCAAGAUCAUCCGAGAGAACCAAUCGAAUGGGUUCAGGCUCGGGGAAGGUGUCCUGAUUGGUUACGUAGCCUCAUCCAACUCACCCGCAUCCCGCAAGUUCUUCAAUCUAUGCCUGCUGGGAUCGGACCGUGAAUGGCUUUGCAGACAUCUCAUGGCUCUGUGUCUGACUUGUGGAUUCGGCACUUUGAAGGACCAGGAGAAGGCAGCGGGUAUCUUUGAGCAGCUCGCCAACGAAGGCCACAGCGACAGCCAGUACAGGAUCGGAAGUUUCUACUAUGACCAGGGUGUAUCGAAGAGCUGCGAGAAGGGAUUCGAGUGGUACAGCAAGUCGGCUGACCAAGGUCAUUCAUAUGGGCAGUAUAUGGUUGGUUACUGCUACUUCUAUGGAAACGGAGUCACCCAGGACUACGCCUAGGCAGCCGAGUGGUAUCGCGAGUCUGCCGAACAGGGAAAUCGAUACGGACAAUAUUAUCUCGGUGGCUGCUACAAGAAUGGGCAUGGUGUCCCCGAAGACGUUGAGACCGCCGCCUUUUGGUAUCGCAGGUCCGCCGACCAGGGUCACCAAUACUCCAUCAACCAACUCAAG